GGCGGGUUGCCGGCUGCCAUCUUGGACCUCGCUAGAUUGAGAAGCCGGCCGCCCGAAAAAAUCUCGAGUUUCACGCGUUCGCGUGGCUCCAGGUGCCCUUUAGGCUAGUUUCGUGAGUGUGUGACAAAGUUUGGUUAAUCGGCAGGAUUAAACUGUUCAAGAUUCGGGCCCGGAAUGCUUUAGGUUUAUUGCUGCACUCAUAUGUUGGUAGUUGGGUGAGCAGAGGAGACAAAGUAGUUACUGGACGUACAUUUUCAUUAGGUAAUCGAGACAUUGAGGUGGCCAGUGGUGGAAACAACGCAAGCAAAAUCAACAAUCUUCUCGAAAGGAUGGCGCUUCCAAGUAGAGCAAGGGUUUAUACAGAUGUUAAUUCACACAAAUCCAGAGAUUACUGGGAUUACGAGUCGUAUGUCGUCGACUGGGGACAACAGGACGAUUACCAGCUAGUGAGAAAACUUGGACGUGGAAAAUAUAGUGAAGUCUUCGAGGCUAUCAAUAUCACAAAUAACGAAAAAUGUGUUGUCAAAAUAUUAAAGCCUGUUAAAAAGAAGAAGAUCAAGCGGGAGAUUAAAAUCUUAGAAAAUCUUAGAGGUGGGACCAACAUAAUUACGCUCCAAGCAGUUGUUAAAGACCCAGUAUCAAGGACACCAGCAUUGAUAUUCGAACAUGUCAACAACACAGAUUUUAAGCAGCUCUAUCAGACGCUGACAGACUACGACAUAAGAUAUUACCUCUACGAAUUAUUAAAGGCAUUGGACUAUUGCCACAGUAUGGGCAUAAUGCAUAGGGACGUGAAGCCGCACAACGUAAUGAUAGAUCACGAAAAUCGAAAACUGCGGUUAAUCGAUUGGGGUCUCGCGGAAUUUUACCAUCCAGGACAGGAGUACAACGUUCGAGUUGCUUCACGUUACUUUAAAGGGCCAGAACUUUUAGUAGAUUACCAGAUGUACGAUUAUUCACUGGAUAUGUGGUCCCUGGGUUGUAUGCUUGCGAGUAUGAUCUUCAGGAAAGAGCCCUUCUUCCAUGGACACGAUAACUACGAUCAGUUAGUGAGGAUCGCCAAAGUUCUCGGCACGGAAGAACUAUUCGAGUAUCUUGACAAAUACCAUAUCGAACUCGAUCCACGUUUCAACGAUAUACUCGGUCGGCAUUCGCGCAAGCGUUGGGAGCGUUUUGUACACUCAGAAAAUCAGCAUCUGGUUUCCCCCGAAAGCCUCGACUUUCUAGAUAAGCUUCUUCGCUACGAUCACUACGAGAGACUCACCGCCCGUGAAGCAAUGGAACAUCCCUAUUUUUAUCCGAUAGUCAGAUCAGACAAAGAGCAAGGUCGACUAGCAAUGGUCUCCUCGUCACCUACUCCCAUGACAGGCUCUUUGCCUGUAGGUGAGUAGCGGCCCAGAUGAUCAUGGCGUAGCAUCGGGCAAUGUGCCGGUUCCUGGUGGUACCGCUGGAUUGAGAAACACAGACGGGGUUGGGGGUGGAGGAUUGAGCGCCCAAGAAGAGCUCUCGACACCCCAACCCAUACCUCAGCUCUUAUAAAUUCAGCGUCCCGGAAUCACAGAUCGCGUCCCAAGCUACUUCAGAAUAAAACACACCGCCAACUGGUGCAUGGUAUCGUCAAGGUCGUAGCCAUUCUCGCCGACAGAAUUCUGGUUUGUAAUAUCGGUUUCAUCGAUCAUUCAAUUAAGACUGAGUUAUCUUGCUUCGCCUAUCGUCUUACGGAAAUCUUAUGCCACUCGAGGAUCGUAACGUACUUAGGAUAUCCGACGAACGGAGGGACUUUAGAUGUGAAUUUUUUCCUAUUCGAAAUGUCUGUCGCGUCGACGGAAUUCGAGGUGCGUCUUUCGAAGGGGUGCAGAUCGCUUUUGUUCCAAGGCAUGCGAAAUACGAUACCGAUUUUCCUGGGAUUUCUGUUAACACCAGGUCCCGUCUCAUCUUGCAGAUGAUCGUGGUUUAAUAGUAAGUCGAGAUGCUGACCGAAAGAGAAAAAAUACAAAUAAAAUGAAAACCACAAACACACGUACACAAGAACACGUGAACACGCGUGUAUAACGCAUACACUAGGUCACUCAGUUUAGUAUAUUUAACGAUAAUUAAAAAAAUGUUCAUUUAUAUCUGAUACCACAAUGAUAGCUGAAUAAAACGUUUGUUAUAGCCAAGUACUCUUUGUGCUUUGUGAAUACCUGUGCAUUAGCACUGAACGCUUUCGAUCUCGGUCGGCCCUCGUUUAUCUACAUCCAAUCAUUUAAACCACCUUUUAAAAACAAUCCAACAAAAUAGUCACUUCCAAAAUUUAAAUUUCGCGGUACAUAACAUCAGAUCGGCCACGUUUAGAAUUUCAGGUUAUGUUUUCAGUAUUCGCGUGAUUGUCGCGCGAAAUUUAGAUUUUCUGGAAGCACUUUUUUUCUCUUCCUUUCUCUAAUCUCAAUGUAAUGUGUAGUUUGCCGGACGAGGCGAUCGAAUAAAACCCAAGGCCCCCAAAUACUUGGCAAUAGCGAAGUCUAAAUAAUUCUACAAGCAUUACCGAUAUACAUACUAGACUAGGUCAUUAUAAUACCAGGAAAUGUACAUUUUGACUCGGCGUGCUGGCUAAUCAUGAAUAGUCUCUUUUUGCCUCUUUUUUUUCCUUCCUUUUUGUAUUAACGGUGUAACACUUAUGUGCAUGUUUGGCCAGCUCACCGCG